UACGUAACUAAUGCCCAGUGCGCGCUACAGGCCAGCAUGACAAGAGGAGGCACUUGGCUUGCUUUGAGUUUCCUCGGCACCGUGGCAGCCCCCACACAACGACAUGCAGCAGAAUGGACGACUGCAAGUGCUUCACCUCCUCGCUGUACCGAGAUAAAAUGGAGGGGACUCCUAAAACUGAUUCGGCUGAUCACCCAUCUGUUGUUGCUGCUCAAGUUCCCUUCCUCCAACUGUGUAAUACUUUAGAAAAAAUUCAGAAAUCGAAACUCCGUCCAGAAAAGUCCAAGACCCUUAGGGAUUUUAUUGAAGCAUGGAGAGCGUUUCAUCGUGCCCUGCAUAAAGAUGACCCCAAAACAACAGACUCCUUCUACCCAGCAAUGCGUCUCAUUGUUCCUUCAUUCGAACGAGCGCGAAUGGCCUAUGGCAUAAAAGAAAGCAUGCUUGCUAAACUUUACAUUGAUGUUUUAUGCCUCCCAAAAAAUGGACCAGAAGCAAAGAAACUUUUGAACUACCGCACGCCAACAACGUCUCAAGGAGAGUCUGGAGACUUUGCCGGCAUGGCAUACUUUGUGCUUCAGAAACGCUGCAACAGUCAGGGAAAGCUCACCAUUAAAGAAGUCAAUGACUUUCUUGAUUCAGUUGCUAUCAACAAUGCCAGCAAGAAGAAAGACCUUGUCAAAACGAGUCUGCUGCACCUCAUCACACAGAGCUCUGCUCUUGAGCAAAAAUGGCUCAUUAGAAUGAUUCUAAAAGACAUGAAGCUUGGCAUCAGCAAGGAAACUGUCCUUCAAGUCUUUCACCCGGAUGCUGCUGAACUCUACAAUGUGACUACAGACCUGGGCAAAGUGUGCCAACAGCUCCAUAGCCCCUCUGUGUCUAUGAGUGAAGUUUCCAUUGGACUUUUCUCUGCCUUCAAGCCCAUGUUGGCUGCAGUAUGUAACAUCCGCAAUGUGGAGAAGCAGAUGGGAAACAGCCCUUUUUACAUUCAGACCAAACUAGAUGGGGAACGUAUACAAUUGCAUAAAGAUGGCGACGUGUACAAGUACUUUAGUCGAAAUGCCUUUGACUACACACAGCAAUUUGGUGGAUCCCCAUUGGAGGGUUCACUAACACCACACAUCCAUAACGUAUUUCAAAACCAUAUUGUCAAUUGCAUUCUCGAUGGGGAGAUGAUGGCUUUCAACCCAACCACAAAAACAUUCAUGCAAAAAGGGAGCAAAUUUGACAUCAAGAGACUAAUGGAAGAUUCAGAGUUGCAGACUUGCUUCUGUGUCUUUGAUGUGUUACUAGUCAAUUCCCAGAAGCUUGGCAGGGAAACGCUGAAGAAGCGGUAUGAGAUCCUGCAGACAGUUUUUACUCCGGUUGAUGGCAGGAUUCACUUGGUGCCGAAAAGAGAGGCUCAAACCAUGCAGGACGUGGUGAAUUCCCUCAAUGAUGCCAUUGACAAUCGUGAAGAGGGCAUCAUGGUGAAAGAUCCUCUAUCCAUCUACAAACCAGACAAGCGAGGGGAAGGCUGGCUUAAAAUAAAACCAGAAUAUGUGGACGGGUUGAUGGAUGAGCUCGAUGUUCUGAUUGUUGGCGGAUACUGGGGUAAAGGGAAGCGGGGUGGCAUGAUGUCCCAUUUUCUAUGUGCUGUUGCAGAAGCUCCAAAGCCUGGUGAGAAACCCUCAGUCUUCCAUACGCUCUGCCGCAUUGGUUCCGGUUACACCAUGAAGGAGCUGUAUGACCUUGGCUUGAAGCUCGCCAAGCACUGGAAAGUUUACCGGAAAAACGACCCACCAUCCAACAUCCUUUGCACAGUCGAGAAGCCUGAGGUCUACAUCGAGCCCUGCAACUCCGUCAUCCUUCAGGUGAAGGCAGCUGAGAUAGUAGGUAGCGACAUGUAUAAGACCAACUGCACCCUGCGCUUCCCAAGAAUUGAAAAGAUCCGUGAUGACAAGGAGUGGCACCAGUGCAUUACCCUAGCAGAGCUGGAGCACUUCCGCAGCAAGGCGUCAGGGAAACUUGCAUCACGCCAUGUUCGCAUUGACACCACCAAUGAGCCACAAAGAAAAAAGCAAAAGCUGCCUGCCAAAACCAAGAAGAUGGUCAUUGACCACUUCAAGCCACAGGAUCUUUCUGGGGUUGCCAGAGAGACAGACAUGUUUGAUGAUGUGGAGUUUUGCAUCCUGAAUGGAACGGAGGAUCACACAAAGGCUGAGUUGGAGAAAGGCGUGGCCAAGUGUGGCGGUAUUGUUGUUCAGAAUCCAGGGCGAGAUACUUACUGCGUCAUAGCAGGAUUGGAGAACAUGCGAGUGAAGAACCUGAUUUUGUCCAACCAGCACGAUGUGGUGUGGGCAUCCUGGCUGCUGGAGUGUCUGGAGCAGAAACAGGUGGUUCCAUGGCAACCACGCCACAUGAUCCACAUGUGCCCCUCAACUAAGGAACACUUCGCUAAGGAGUAUGACAGCUACGGUGAUAGCUACUUCAUGGACACUGAUGAACAGCAGCUCCGGGAGGUGUUUGAGCGCAUGGGAAAUGUGGACAGCUCAGUAGCCAUCAACGUCUGCCAAGUUGAAGAGCGAUACGGCCUGGAAGACCUUCCAUCCAGCAUGUUCAGACCUUUUACAGUUUAUAUGGAUGACUAUGUGGACAUCGAUGACCCGAAAACUGCCAUUACCGCAAGUUGUUUGGAUAUCAGGGCGCUGGAGUUUCGUUACCAUGGAGGUGCAGUCGUGCAGAAGUUGGAGGAAGGUGUGUCACACGUUGUUAUUCAGGAAGAAACGAGACUUUCAGAUUUGAGGAGAUUGAGGCGCAGUUUUCAAAAGAAGUUCAAAAUCGUCAGAGACACAUGGGUGACUGAUUCGAUCGAAGCAGGGCGUCUAAUGAAUGAUGACAACUAUUUAGUUUGAAAAGCCUUCCCGCAAUACACUGGUUUUAAAUUGUUUUACUGGAAAUGCAUUGUCAAUACAAGUCAGAUCAGACUGAGUGAAUUAGUACAUUAAGUUUGUCAUUUUCACAAUACUUUCCUGCCUACGAUUUUAGCCAUUGCCUUAGAGAAAGAUCGAAUAAUACAAAAAUACAAAUAUCAUGGAGAGUAAAGUUUUAAGAGUGAAAAAUACCAUAUUAUUCUAGCAUUUGACCUGUGAAACUACUAUAAUGGCACAUUUUGAGUGGAUCUAAAGGUUUUACUGCUUUUUCUGAUAAGUGCCAAGGUUUUAAAAUUGUAUUUUUUUUGUGUGUGUGUUAGGCUACAGUUUGAUUUGAGCAGAUUUGGAAAAAAAUGUCAAAUGAAGUCAAGCAAUAUUUUAUUGCACUGAGCUUUCAGGGUUCUGUAAUGUCUGACUGUGCUUACAUUGCAACCUGCAUAGCAUGUUUAGGACCAUGUCUUUCUUUUUUCCUCUCUUCUUUUUUUCCCACUGUAAUUAUAAAUAUUUCUCCAUAAUUAUAUCAUUCUCAUGUAUUUAUAAUACAAUUGAGAGAGGAACUGGAUUUUGUGUUAAAUUGAUUGUUUUCCAAUGCACAGCAGGGCUGUAUUUAUGAUUGAAUGUUAACAAAAUAAAAAUGGCAAAUAAUUUA